CAUAUAUAUGUGACGUCAUUUCGAUGAAUAAAAUGCGAAUACGCGCUAUGACAGACGCUCGAUACAAUUUCACGAGGGUAAUGUAAGAACAGCUGGGACAGAUUCAUAAACAAAAGAGACAUCUAUACUUGCAAGAGCCGCAGACCGUCUGAAGGCAGAACGGUGGGGUUCAGAACACUCCGAAGUCGGACAGGUAUCGAUAUCACAGAACGUGAUUGAUAAACUCGAGCGAAUUUCAGCCUUGCAGCACUUGCCAUGGAGACGAGUGGAAACAUCUCGGACUUACUUUACGCACUUUCUAACCCAGUGAUGUCGAAUAGCAGCGUAUUCUGCCGAAACUUCAGCAACAGCUCAAGUCUCGUGAGCAUGAACAGCUCCAGAUGUGAGAGGACGGCUGAGCUGGACAAAAGCUCAACUCCUGUGAUAGUGGCCAUCAUAAUCACUGCGUUAUACUCUAUCGUUUGUGUGAUGGGACUGGUGGGCAACGUCCUCGUCAUGUAUGUGAUUAUAAGAUACACCAAGAUGAAAACUGCGACCAACAUCUACAUUUUCAACCUUGCUUUGGCAGAUGCCUUGGCAACAAGCACUCUGCCGUUCCAGAGCGUCAAUUACCUGAUGGGUACAUGGCCUUUUGGAGACGUGCUGUGCAAGAUUGUGAUGUCCAUUGAUUACUACAACAUGUUCACCAGUAUCUUUACCCUCACGACUAUGAGUGUCGACCGUUACAUUGCUGUUUGCCACCCGGUUAAAGCCCUGGACUUCAGAACCCCCUGGAAUGCUAAGAUUGUCAACGUGUGUAACUGGAUCCUUUCAUCCGCCAUCGGUCUUCCUGUCAUGGUCAUGGCCUCCACCACUAUUGAGUACCACAGCAGUUCGUUUGGCAUCAUUGAUUGUACUUUGCUCUUUCCCCAUCCUUCCUGGUACUGGGAGAACCUCCUAAAGAUCUGCGUUUUCAUCUUCGCCUUCAUUAUGCCCGUCCUCAUCAUCACCAUCUGUUACGGCUUAAUGAUCCUCCGCCUGAAGAGUGUGCGCAUGCUGUCUGGCUCCAAGGAGAAGGACCGCAACCUCCGGCGCAUCACCAGAAUGGUCCUGGUGGUGGUGGCGGUUUUCAUCAUCUGCUGGACGCCGAUCCACAUCUUCGUCAUCAUCAAGGCUCUGGUAAACAUUCCCAGCUCCCUCCUGCAGACCGUCACCUGGCAUUUCUGCAUCGCCCUCGGCUACACCAACAGCUGCCUCAAUCCAGUGCUCUACGCCUUCCUGGAUGAGAACUUUAAGCGCUGUUUCCGAGAGUUCUGUGUUCCCAGUCCAUCCGUGCUGGACCUCCAGAACUCCACACGCACCAGAAAUCCCCAGCGUGAAGGCCAGUCCAGUGGCCACACAGCAGACAGGACGAAUCAGCAGGUAUGACUAGUCCUGGAAAUGUCAUCACUGGAGUCCCGCAGCCAGCCCAGUGUUGACAUGAGCUCAGAUGCCACACAGAUCACCACCGGUGUCUAACACCUUCACCUACAGGAGCUGUGCCUCUUGAAGCAUCUUACUAGGCCUCCCAGAGCUGUUUCACAAUUUUAGUACCGAGAAAGACUGCUGAAGUGAAUUUCAAUGUGAAAUAUGAAAUAUACUUGAUUUCCGAUCCCAAUGAGCUGAACUUAUAUCAGUAUCAGUGAUGUUCACAGCUAUGCAUCUGACAUAUCUGUUAUGUUAGUCCAACAUUCAAGAACUUUAUAUUAUAUAUCCUCUUAGAGUUGCAUCUUAAGUCUCCUUUAACAUGUAAAUAUUACUUAAAAAGCUAUGAGAAUAAUUAUUUUAUAACUCAUGACAUUGUUUUAUUUGUAGAACGAAGAAAAUGUAUGAAUUCACUUAUGAUCACAGAAAAUGUAAAUGAUGUACUUAACACAAAUGACUGUUGGAUAUGACAUGCGCACUGUUUCUCAGAUUUUCAAUGGACAAUAAGAAAUGCCUCUUGCAACAAUGGAUAAUUUUCAUGCUUCGGUGGUGACACAUGUAUUGUGCUUGUACUCUGAUACAGAUCUCUUGUACUAAUGUAAAUGUCAAAUGUAAAUGUCUGAUUGUCACUCACAUUAAGACAUUUUGAAAAAAUGUAAUGUUUUAUGCUCUAAAUUCCCUUGAAGAUCUCUGUGCAGGUGUUUAUGGAAGUUUUUAUAUACUGUAUGCUGCAUCGUAAAUAAAUCAUUCACACUACAAUAAGUGUUUUGAGAUGGUUAUGAAAAGUUAUGAAACUUUUAUGUGAUACGUCUUGUGUUGUGCCAGUCUUUAAUUGUUGUAGCUCGGAAAAAAAUAAAUCAACAUUAAUUGAUGGGAGAUUUAUAUGCCUUAAGGUCCAUUGAAAUGUCAUUUAAUGUAGCAUUUUUAUAGAGACUGAUUGUAAAUGUGAACCUUUCUAAAGGUGCUGUCAUUUUAACCACUGUUCUUGUAAACUUCCAACCAGUCAUUUCACUUCGCAGAUCAAAAUCACUUACCAGGACUCUUAUUAGUAAGAAAGAAUCCUGGACACAAUAUAAGACUACUGCAGCUGUUUUCAGUUAUCAGGAUCUCUUAUCUAGUUUGAGACCCAUGCCAGCUGUAAGGGGCCAAUAAUUUAGUUCUGUAAAUCUUUGAAAUCAAAUAAUCAUGGCCUUUGAGCUGCCAUUUCGGUCAUUUUGAAGCACAGUUCCCCCCCCCACAUGCAGUCUUGCUGCAACACCCCGGGGAAAUCAAGGAACAGAGAGCUAGUAUGUUCAGGAUUGCUCAGCACAUAACAUAAGGCAUGAGAAACAGCAGAGCACUGGAGAGCAGGCAAGAGGGGGCGGCAGUCAUUCAGGUCAUAAUUGCAGUUCGCAUUUAACUGUGGCCUUAGGGUGCAGGAUAUUUUUCAGCAAUGUGAGAUUAAACCUAACCAAGGAUAUGGAGUCCAUAACAUGAAACCAAGAACAUUUUAAUUGAUUGUCCCGUAUGAAGGAACCAGAGCUUUACAUCAGCUGAUCUCUUUUCAUCCCUCCCACUAGCUAUGAUGAAUACAGCAUAAUUCAAGUUUGACAUGGAUUCUAUAGACUGCAGAGAAAAAAAGUGCCCUGGAGAGUAAAUUAAAUAUAAAGAUUGUGGAUGUAGUAAUUUAGUCGACUGAAUGUAAUCUAAUUAAUUCCAAAAUGGUUCAAAGUGUGCAAGAGCUUAUACACAAUGUUGUGAACCAAAUGAAGAACAACUCUGUUCCUUUGUCAGUAACAUUUUAAUAGGCUCACAGCCCGUGUGUCCCCAAAUUAUAGUAAUACAGUCGGUGCUAAAAUAAAACUAAAGAACUGACUGCCUCCAAGUCAGGUUUGACUUGAAUAACUAAUUAAAUGAAAAUAAAGUUCUAGCAUCAUGCUUUCCUUUCCACUACAAAUGUAAAAUGUAAGCAAUAAUGGUAACAAUUAAAGGCAUAGUCCACUCCAAAAUGAAAAAUCUGUCAUCUUUUAAUCACCCUCAUGUGCACCCUCAUGUUUUUGCCAAUAUAGUGAAAGUCAAUGGGGUCUCAAAAUAUAUUUUUUGUUCCGCAAAAGAAGGCAAGUCAUAAUGGUUUGGAACAACAUGAGGGAGAGUAAAUGAUGAAAGAAAUUAAAUUUUUGGGUGAACCUGUUGCUUUCUAUUCAGAAGCAACACAUUCUAAAUUAGUGGCAAAUUCACAUUAAUUCGUAUGAUCUCAUUUGGACGCUUUUAUUAAUCUUCGGGGUGGACAUUCAUGCUUAGUGUUAGAAAAAAAAUUCUCAUGAGAUCAGGUUGUCUGAAUCCUUUCUCAGUUCAAGCCUUUUCCUCGCCAAGCGUGGUGCACUGUGCUGCUAAAAUCAAUGAGGCUGUCAGAAACGGCUGAUUUUCACACCCCCUACCAUAUGUCAUUAUAUGCCAUAUGUCAAAAAAGAAAACCUGUUGACUUUGAGCCAAUAAUGACUUUUUUUAUUGUGCGGUUCUCAGUUAUCACAUACCCACGGAUCAAACUGACUCUUAUAGGCUACUAUUAAAAGACAAGUGCUCUUAUAAGCCUCUGCUCUCAUCUCUCCUUUCUAAUAAUGUCACACAAUAUAAUGGUGAUUCAAAGAGAAAAUCAUUACUGUGAUCAGGGACACAGAGCUAAAGUGUUUUCAUAGUGGAUGGUUGUACCGCUUAUGAGAAAGCACAAAUAUCCCCGACAGCACACAUACAUUGCAUUAAUGUUUAUGUUUUUAUUGGAAACAUGUAUUUUUUAGACGUUUUACUGAUGCACAAUACAUCCCUAAUAUAUUUCCUGUGACAGUGACAGAUUGGGUGUCAGAAUUAAGUUUACUCAUGUAAUUUCCUUUAAAUUGCAGUAAUGAGACAAAAUGAAACCAAGUGUCUGAUUCUAUUUAUGUCUCGCACCCAUUUUUUUCAAAUAAAUGUAAGGUUUCAAGGUUCUUAAUAAUCUUCAUGGGAUCUGCUUUUUAAAAGUGUUUUCUUGCCAACAGAACAUCUGUUUGAUGUGACCAACAUAAUCUCAAUGAAUGUAACUGGAAGUAAGCUAAAGCCCUUUUGUGUGUGUGUGUGUGUGUGUGUGUAAUCAAUGUCAGUUAAACUGUUUAUUAUAUAAAUAAAAUCAUCAUAUGUCCUUGAAUUAUAACUAUUUUUUAUGUUCUGGAUAUAUGGGUAUGCGAUAUGAUAAUUUUUGUAUGAUAAAAAAUGUCUCCAUGAUCUGCUUUCGAAGACAUAUUGUUUGUUUCGUGCUAGUCCACAUUGGAUUUGAUAGUAGGAAAAAAUGAUAUCAAGCAUGCUGUACUGCCUGUCUACUUCCAUAAAAGCACUUCAGAUUAUGUAAUCAAGCAUUAUCACUUUGUCUUUUUGUCCAAUCUUCAAAGAUAUUUUUGCUUGAAAUCAAAGUUUGUAAUGUUUACAUUCACCAUGUAGCUGCUUGCUUUGGUUAAUGCCUUAUAGCUCUUUUAUGAUUUUUUUUAUUUUUUAUUUUUUUGAAAUCCCUAUGGGGAAAAUACUCAACUGAGGCAAUAAACUGGAUAUUUUGCUGUU